CGUCGCGCACUUCCGGGUGUUGUCUGGCCGCCGCCGCCGCGCGUCUACGGUCUCCAGGCCGCCGCCGCCGCCGCCUCGGGUCCCGGAGGCAGGAGCGACGUCACCACCAUGGCCGGCAUCAAAGCUUUGAUUAGCUUGUCCUUUGGAGGAGCAAUUGGACUGAUGUUUUUAAUGCUUGGAUGUGCCCUCCCAAUAUACAACCAAUACUGGCCCCUCUUUGUUCUGUUCUUCUAUAUCCUUUCACCUAUUCCAUACUGCAUAGCAAGAAGACUAGUAGACGAUACGGAUGCUAUGAGUAACGCCUGUAAGGAACUCGCCAUAUUUCUUACAACAGGCAUUGUGGUCUCAGCUUUUGGCCUUCCUAUCGUAUUUGCCAGAGCACAUCUGAUCGAGUGGGGAGCUUGUGCACUCGUCCUCACGGGAAACACCGUCAUCUUUGCAACUAUCCUGGGCUUUUUCUUGGUCUUUGGAAGCAAUGAUGACUUCAGCUGGCAGCAGUGGUGAAAGGAAUCACUGAACUCUUGUCACAUGGACUUCUUGUCAUUUCUCAGCCGUCCGCGCACACAGGAGACAGGGCAGUGAUGCUGAGCGGUGGAGCAGGCCUCUCGGGGUGUCCCGGGUGCUCCCUUCUCACUGUAUUGUAAGCAUACUAUUUUCACAGAGACUUGCUGAAGGAUUAAACGGAUUUUCUCUUUUGGAGGAGCUUGACUGAUUUCACACUUAUCUCUAGUAUGCUUUUUGUGGUGUCCUGCUGAAUUUAAAAUAUUUAUGUGUUUUUCCUGUUCGGUUUUUUUUUUUAAUCAAUAUGCAAUGUUAAACAUUUUUUAAAUGUAAUAACCAUUUACAUUGGUUAGGCAUUAGAGUUCUGCUAGCUAUUACUGGGCUAAAUACAUUUUUUUUUCCUUAAAAUUGUUUAACCUCCAUUACUACACAUAGUUAUAAAAAUAAAUUUUUCAGUCAGUCAGGAUGACACUCCCAAUUUUAUGCAAACAUGCAGACCAUUAGUAUACCUUAUAGACUAUGUACUCAGUGCAAAUCUAGCUGCAUUUAUACCUCAGAGGGGCCAAGUAUUAAUGCCGUGCCCUCCAUAAUAGUUGCUGGUUUUGCCAGAAAGCAGGUGUUUUGUGAAUUGAAAAUUGUUUUAUGGAAUUGUUGCAAAGGAGUGCUUUUAUUCUCAGUUGCUCGAAGGACUUAUGGUUAAAGGUAAGAGUGUAAAAACAGAUUUUUGAGACAUGGUUUUUAUUUAUGUUUAUUAUAGUUAGAGUGAGUUGCAUGGCAGGAAGAAAGGAGGUUGAAAUUCCAUUUUUGUAAAAUUUUGUUUCUAUUUAUAAGUGAAAUUUUUGAUCUUUGAGGCUCUCAUGUUUUGCAUGGGUAGAGGGACACACGUGGAGCUGCGGCUGACACAGGAACGUGGAUGCUCGCACCUACACACUGGAGUACCUCUGCCUGCCUCCUCCUUGUGGCUUAGUUUAUACACUGUAUAUAUUCAGUGAAAUAAAUUUUCCCAUACAGUUUAGUGACACCUUAAAUUAGAGCUGAGUGCUCUGCCAUACAUUCAGAGUGUCCCUGCCCCACACAGAAGGCCUUGAGGUGAUUAACGGGUGACUUCUUAGUCUUGCCAGUCAUAUAUUAACAACUCAAGAUCUAGAACAUGGGAAUGGUAGUACUUAUUCCCUCAGGUUAUAUCAUACGUGAUUUUAAAAUACUAAAGAUGAGUUUCCUGUGUACUUCUCAACAUUUUUUUUCUUUCACCCUCAGAGAUACUCUGUUUCCUUUUAUAAAUGGCCUUGAUAUGUGAAUUCAUGCAAAGCAGCCAAAUCCAGCUAUGUGGCAGCUUCAGACACAAACCUGACCCCCAGAUUCCCAGUAACCAGUCAUGAUCAAGUUAUCGUGGUCAUUUGCCUCUCCCACAGUGAUCAGUGUUUGUUUCAGGAGUUUUGAAAAUCAUCCAGGUCUGACAGUGUUUUGCUAUGGACAUUCGUUUGUGUUUCUUCAGUAUACUUACUUAAAAAUCUGUUUCGCCUUCAGAUGAAACAGUAAUCACGACAACUAUCUCAUUCUGUAAAGUUGAUUUCUCCCAAAACACGGGAACAGAUUGUGGGUUUGUUCAGCUUUCUACUAGAGAUGCCUCAAGGCUUCUUUACCCAACCCAAGUUGUUACUUUGAGCCGUGAGAUGGACGGCAGGAUGAAACACCCACGUGUGGCUGUCACGUCUACCCACAAGCCAAAGGCGGCUUGCGGUGUCACGAGGUAGGCCUGAGGACGAAGGGACAGCUACUCACAGAGCAGGCAGCUGGGGGUAGAGUUGGGGACUCAGUGCCUGUGAUCUACUCAAAGUUUUUCUUUUUGCCAAAAGUACAGUCUCUGGUCCUUCCCUGUUUUCUGUUCUAGAAUGCCAGUGCGGUGCACUGCUACUGUCUUAUUUACUUGGCCGUAGACUCUUUCUCGCAGCUGCGGAUCUCUUCUGUAUAAUAAUCGCCCUGGCAGCAUUGUGUCUUUGACCUUGCACACUAGCUUGACAUAGUGCUGUCUCUGAUUUCUAGGCUAAAAUUACUUGAGGGCUGAAUUUUCCAUAGAAUAUGCACUGACCCUGCAUUGCCAUUCUUCUAUGGAAAGAGAACUUUUGAUGAUGAAACAAUAAAGAUUUUAAAUAUC